AUGCUCCUGGCAUGCUACUUACUGACGCCGAUGGAACGGAAGAAGCGCAUGCGGCUGUCCUAUAUAGGCUUCACGGUCAGCCCCAAGCGACGCAUUCGACAGCACAAUGGUGAGCUCGUGCAAGGAGCGAAGAAAACGUUCAAGCAUCGACCGUGGGAGAUGGUCUUGGUCGUGCACGGCUUCCCCACGAAAGAGCUAGCGCUGCAGUUCGAGUGGUUGUGGCAGCACCCGUACAACAGCAGGUUCACGAAACCAACGAUGGGGCACCUCAAAACGGACAAAUCUCUGGGCCCCAUGCGAUCGAUUCAGCGCAAGGUGCGGGAAUUGCACCUCGUGCUCAACGUGCGUCCAUGGUCGGGCCUGUCGUUGACGCUGUCGUACACGUCGCACGAUUUUCUCGAGUGGAGCCGCACGCUCGACUCGUUUCGACUUCCAGACCACAUGCGAACUGUGUGGACUCCACUGGACGACUUUCCAUCCGCCCACGAUGGCUGUCCGUCUCCCCCGACCGAUUCCACCGAAUGUGAUGUGUGCGCUCAACCGAUCGCAAGUCGUUGCGAGCCAACGCUGCAUUGCUACCUCGACUGCUCCAUGAAGGCGCACGUGCCAUGCAUGUCGACGCGGUUCUUGGACCAAGACAACGGCGUGCUGGGGAUUCCCCAUGUCGGAACAUGUCCUGUGUGUCUCGGGGACUUGACGUGGUCGAGAUUGCUCGCCCAGGCAGUGAACCCACCUCCCGACAACCCCCACCCAACGGCUUCUUCGUCGACAUCGCGCCGUAAGCACGAAACUGGGCAGGUGGAGCGGGUCGUGGCUCUGGCAUCCGUGGAAUCUCCACGCCGGAUGAAGCGGCGCGGCAGUCGAGUGAACACCGCGCCAGUGCGAACCAGUGCAGAACGCGGACGCUCGACAAGCUCGUCAUGCGAGCAACCGCACAAAGUGGCGCGAGGCUGGAGCCGCCACGUCGCGGCAUCUCACGACGUCGUCGACCUUGUUUCAGAUGACGACGAGCGCAUCCCACCUGGCGUUGUCCCGCUGGUCCACGACGCGAUUGACUUGACCGACUGA